AUGUUCUUUGAUUUUUAUUUUAGUCGCGUUAAACCUCUUGGUGAAUGUCUUGUUUUUAAAAAUUCUGAUAAAGAAACUCAUGUUGAAAUUCAUGAAUCAGUUCGUAGUAAAGAUGUUUUUAUUAUUCAAACGGGUUCAACAAAAGAUCCUAAUGAUAAUCUUAUGGAACUUAUGAUAAUGAGCUAUGCAUGUAAAACAUCAUGUGCAAGAAGUAUUAUUGGAGUUUUACCUUAUUUACCUUAUAGCAAACAAAGUAAACAGAGAAAACGUGGAUGUAUUGCGAUGAAACUUGUUGCUCAAAUGCUUGUUAAAGCAGGCUUAACACAUGUAAUAACUGUUGAUUUACAUCAAAAAGAAAUUCAAGGAUUUUUUGAUAUCCCAGUUGAUAAUUUACGUGCAUCAUCUUUUCUUGUUGAUUAUGUUAAAGAACAAAUCCCUGAUUGGCGUAAUGCUGUUAUAGUUGCACGUAAACCUAAUCAAGCUAAACGUGUAACAGGUUUUGCUCAACGAUUAAAAUUACAUAUUGCUGUUAUACAUGGUUGUCAAGAUCGAGAAAAUGAAAUUGAAGAAACUGAUGGACGAAAUUCACCACCACCAUCAUCUUCUGGUUUAGAUAAUCUUGUACCGAUGUCAGAUCGUCGAAGUGUAUUUACAAUUCCUUCACUUGCAUUAGGCGAACAAGUUAAUGUCAAAGGUAAUUUACCAAUGGAUGUUGUCGGUGAUGUUGGUGGUCGAAUAGCUAUAAUUGUUGAAGAUAUGAUUGAUGAUGUACCCGGUCUUGUACAAGCAGCUGAUAUACUUUUUGAUCGUGGUGCAUAUAAAAUCUAUGCACUAGCAACACAUGCUUUAUUUACAUGUGAUGCACCAUUAUUAAUUGAAAAGUCUCGAAUAUCUGAAGUUAUUAUAACAAAUACAGUACCACAUGAAUUUGCUAAACUUCAAUGUUCAAAAAUAAGAACAGUUGAUAUUAGUUUACUUUUAUCAGAAGCUAUUCGUCGUAUACAUAAUCAAGAAUCAAUGAGUUAUUUAUUUCAUAAUGUUGAACCAAAUGAUUGA